AGCAAAGCGUUUCUGAGAGGACGACAUAUUAUGUGACACCACUGGGUUACCAGGCAACCAUCAUAAACAAAUCACAGCAAAAUGGCUAAAUUCGUACUAGCUGGUAGGGCAGACUGUCCGUAUUAUGCCAAAGCAGAGCUGCUUGCAGAUUUACUUCAAAGAAACCUUCCUAGCUUUAGCAUCUACAAAAUUUGCCACCACCCAAAGGACUGGGAGCAAUGGCUUGAAGAGACUUGUGAAAAGAAUGGCUGGAAACAUGACCGGUCUCCUAUUGUAUGGAGAGAGCUUGUUGACCGAGGAGGAAAGGAACUUCUGCUAGGUGGCUUUAGUGAAUUUCUGGAGCAUGCGCAAGGUUACUAUGGCGUUAGCUCAGACAUGAUGACUGAGAUGAUGAAGAACAUUGCAUCCGAGAACUUGCAAACCAAAAUAGAUGUCAUGGAAGAGGAGGCGUAUUAUAGGAGUCUGAUCAAACCACUGCACAUAUGGAUCACAAGUGCAUUGAGUCCAGUAUGCUAUGCCUUGCUCCCCAUGCUGGGCAAGAGAGACUUAUUUUCAGAAAACACCGUGAUAAGUCUACACCUUCUAGACAUCGGUGGUUCAGAAGAAGAGCUUUGCAGUCUGAAGACAGAGGCUGAAGACCUAGCCUUGCCCAUAUUCCAUGAGAUCACUAUCCACACUGAGCUAAGUGAGGCCUUUCGCGAUGCCGAUGUUGUGCUCAUUCUGGAUGACAUUCAGCCAGAGGAAGAUCAGGCUCUUAGAGAGAGGGCCAUUAAAGAACUUGCAGACCGCUGCCAAAACUAUGGCCUGCUCAUCGACAGCCAUUCACACAAAGAGGUGCGCGUUGUGGUUGCUGGGAAUUCUUACGUCAACUUAAAAUGCCUCGUGGUAAUGCAAAAUGCACCUUCUAUUAAUCCCCAUCAGUUUGUUGCCACUGCUAUUCAACUGGAAAACGAAGCAAGGGCUCAGCUGGCUAAGAAAUUAAAUAUUAAUACUGCAGAUGUGAAAGAUGUCAUUGUGUGGGGUAACAUAACUGGGAACUCUUACAUCGAUCUCCAAAGAGCCAAAGUUUUUAGAUACGAUGGUGCUAUCUUUGGGCCUCCAGAUUUCUCUCAACCAGUUUUGGAAGUCAUAUAUGACCGCAAAUGGCUGGAGACCGACUUUCUAGCCUCUGUGAGAUCUCGACGUUGCGCCGCGGAGGACAAAAUGCAUCGGCCUGCAGGACUGUCUGCAGCUAAUGGGAUAGCCACUGUCCUGCAGUGCUGGAAUCAUGACUCCCCGGUUGAUGAUGUCUUGUCUCUUGGGGUCAUUAGUGAAGGGCAGUUUGGAAUUCCCAAGGGGCUAGUUUUCUCCAUGCCUGUAAAAUUCCAGAAUGGGGCCUGGAUAGUACUUUCAGAUGUUGAAAUCAGUGACACACUGAAAAAGAAUUUGAUAGCUGCUUCUAAUGAACUGAUGAAUGAGAUGGAAAUUGCCUUUAGAGGAAAGUCAUGACGGGUUUUGCCCAGCAUGAAUAAAGAAUAAAAAUAUUAUAAUGUAGUAAA